AUGGGAUGGGAGCAGUUUCGCUCAGUUGCUUUGCCGCCUGCCGCUCGGCACCUUAUCUCCUCCGUCUCGCGCCACUCCACGGCACCAUGCACUCGCCGGCGCGCUGCGCCGCCACCACCGCCACCGCGUCCCCGCCUCUGCGCGCGCCGUUCGUCGCCAUGGCCCAGCGCGGCCGCAGGCCGCCCUCGUCCGCGCCCCCCGAGGCCGAGCAGCCGGACGAGGCGCUCGCCCGCAUCCUCCGCAGGGAGGCCGCCGUCUCCGGCGUCCCCCGCAAGGCCGCCGCGGGCACCAGCCAGCACUCCACCCGCCUCUGGCCCCGUGCCGUCCUCGAGGCCCUCGACUCCGCCGUCGCCUCCUCCCGCUGGGAGUCCGCCCUCGAGGUCCGCUCCCCCCUCAACCCCUUUCUCUCCGAUGGUCCUGCCGCUGCACGCUACCUGUUCGACUGUUGCUCAUCACGUAAGGAUUGCUGUUUCUCAGAUCUUCGAGCUGCUGCGGAAGCAGCGGUGGUACGAGCCGAGGACGCAGACCUACGCCAGGCUGCUGAUGAUGCUCGGCAGGUGCCGGCAGCCCGGCCCAGCCACGGCCCUCUUCAAGGUGAUGCUCUCGGAGAAGCAGCUCGCGCCGACGGUGGACGUGUACACGGCGCUCGUUGGCGCCUACGGCUACAGCGGCCUGCUGGACGAGGCGAUGGCCACGGUCGGUCUGAUGAAAGGCGCUGAUACAGACUGCAAGCCGGACGAGUACACCUUCUCCGUCCUCAUCAACUGCUGUUGUAAGUCACGCCGCUUCGACCUGAUCCCCACCGUCCUCGACGAGAUGUCUUAUCUGGGGAUUGGAUGCAACGUUGUCAUCCACAAUGGGAUAAUUGAUGGAUACGGCAAGGCCGGCAUGCUAGAGGAGAUGGACGAUGCGCUGUCCAACAUGCUUCAAGACGGGGACAAUGUGCCGGACAUAUACACGAUGAACUCCAUCAUCUGGGCUUAUGGCAACCGUGGCAGGGUGGAUGACAUGGAGAAGUGGUACGAUGAGUUUCAGUUGAUGGGCGUUGAGCCAGAUACGCGGACGUUCAAUAUCAUGAUGAAGUCUUAUGGCAAGGCUAACAUGCCUGACAAAAUGUUGUCGAUCCUGAAAUACAUGAAGCGGCGUUUCUUCUCACCCUCUGCUGCUACAUUCAACAUAAUCAUAGAUUGUUUUGGAAGGGCUGGCAACAUUGAGAAGAUGGAGUACUAUUUCAGGCUGAUGAAAAUUCAGGGCGUCAAACCCAACCCCAUCACAUACUGCUCCCUGGUUAAUGGAUACAGUAAAGCUGGGCUCCUUGAUAUGGUUCCUGCAAUUAUUCGACAGACGGAGAACACCGAUGUCGUCUUAGAUACUCCUUUUUUCAACUGUGUUAUCAGUGCAUACGCCAAGUCUGGAGAUAUCGAAAUAAUGGAGGAAAUGCUAGUGCUAAUGAAGGAAAAGAAAUGUAAGCCAGACAAGGUAAUUUAUACCACCAUGAUUCAGGCAUAUAUGGCGCAUGGGAUGGAUGAAGCCGCUAAGUUGUUAGAAACAGAAAUGGAAAGAUUUAACAACAAAUUACUGGGACCAGUUCCUGUGGUUGAUUACAAGUAA